AUGGUGGUCGGCGGCGAGGAAGGCGGCGGCAGACGGCUGCCGUGGGAUCAUCCCAAGAAGCAUUGGAAAUUUGACAAAAAAUUAUCUCUGGGAGCUAAUAAUUUAGAAGGUCGAAUUCCGACUUGUAUUAUCAACAUUUCUUCUCUCAAGAUUAUUGAUCUCUCCGACAAUAGUCUAUCAAGUACUCUGCCUGAUGAUCUCUGUCACCAUCUUCCCAAACUUGAAGAGCUUUAUUUGGAUUCAAAUGAAUUCAGAGGGAUCAUUCCGACAAGUAUUUGGAAUUCAACCAUGCUCCAAAGUAUAUAUCUAUCCGACAACAUUUUACAAGGGAACUUGCCGCCCAUGAUCAACCUUCCAAAGCUUGAGGAGCUUGUUUUGUGGGAUAAUAAACUCAGCGGAAACAUUCCCACCUCUAUCUCCAACGCUUCCAUGCUAAAGCUUCUAGAAUUAGAGAACAACUUCUUCUCAGGCCCAAUUCCAGAUACGUUUGGCCACUUGAGACACCUUGAAUCGUUAAAUAUUGGAUUCAAUAAUUUGACCACAGAAUCUGCUACUCAUGAGUGGACCUUUCUUUCUUCUUUGGCUAAUUAUAGGAAUUUGACAUAUAUAGUAGUUUCGGGAAAUCCAUUGCAUGGAGUUCUUCCAUCUUACAUUGGGAAUCUUUCGACAUCCCUUCAAAACUUUCACGCUAAGGAUUGCGAGCUUAAAGGUAAUAUUCCUAUGGAAAUAGGUAAUUUAAGCAACAUGUUGGUUUUAGCACUUGACAACAAUGAAUUGCGUGGAUCUGUUCCCACAUCAAUAGGACGGAUGAGAAAUCUCCAAGCUUUGUAUCUUUUCUCUAAUAAAUUAGGAGGUCCCAUCUCUGAAAGCAUAUGUGGUUUGGAGAGAUUAUACGUCUUGUCUUUAUCGUUGAAUGAGCUGCAUGGACCUAUACACAAUUGUUUGGGUAAUUUGACUUCUUUGGGGUAUCUUUACUUGGCUUCCAACAAAUUGACUUCUCCAAUACCUUCAACUUUGUGGAAUCUUAAAGAUAUCUUAGUAUUAGAUUCAUCAUCAAACUACCUCAACAAUUCUAAUGCUCUUGAUGUUGGAGUUUUGAGGAGUCUGGUCGAAUUGAACUUAUCAACGAAUCUGCUCACGGGUGAUAUCUCAUCUUCAAUUGGGGGUCUUCUAACUCUGGUUUCAUUAGACUUAUCUAAUAAUAAGUUACGUGGUCUUAUCCCCCAAUCACUCGGUGGCUUGAUUAGUAUGAAAUUCUUGGAUUUAAGCAAUAACGAUCUUUGUGGAGUCAUUCCCAAGUCUUUGGAAAAACUUCGAUUUCUAAAUUAUCUUAAUGUUUCUUUCAAUAGACUUGAAGGAGAAAUUCCCACGGAUGGACGUUUUCCAAACUUUUCUAGCACAUUAUUCAUGAAUAAUUCUGCACUUUGUGGUCCACCAAGAUUGCUAGUCCCACCUUGCAAGAAAAACAUCCGCAAAAACUCCAAGAUGAUUUUUCAUGCUUUAAGGUAUGGUUGA